UCAGGAAGUGGCUCUUCAUUUUCACUCUGGUAAGCCUGCAAUUUACAGAAUUAGAAGCUCAGCUUGAUGUAUGUGGCAUCACUCCCCUCAACACCAGGAUAGUUGGAGGUGAAGAUGCUCCAGCUGGAAGUUGGCCCUGGCAGGUUAGCCUGCAGAGAUCUGGCAGCCAUGUUUGUGGUGGUUCCCUCAUCAACAGAGAGUGGGUGAUGUCUGCUGCUCACUGCUUCUCCAGCUCAAGCCCAGCUGGAUGGACUGUCAUAUUGGGUCGUGAGAACCAGGAGGACAAUAACCCAAAUGAAGAGUCCAGAACUGUUGCUGGGAUAGUGUUGCAUCCAAACUAUGACGGCAUCACCAACAACAAUGACAUUGCUCUGCUCAGACUCUCCUCACCAGUCAAAUUCACAGACUACAUCAGACCUGUGUGCCUGGCAGCCAGUGACAGUGUUUUCAACAAUGGUACUGGUAGCUGGGUCACUGGCUGGGGAGCAGUUAAGGAGUUAGAGCCCCUUCCUUCUACUCAAGCAUUACAGGAAGUUGAGGUUUUGGUUACUGGAAACAGACAGUGUAACUGUCUCAUUGGAGUUGGCAUAGUUUCAGACAACAUGAUAUGUGCUGGUGUCCUGGCAGGAGGCAAAGGCUCAUGUCUGGGUGACUCAGGAGGUCCAAUGGUUAACAAACAGGGCCCCGUGUGGAUCCAGUCUGGAGUUGUUAGUUUUGGUUUUGGCUGUGCUCGGCCCAAUCUUCCAGGAGUCUACUCCAGAGUGUCUCGUUACCAGUCCUGGAUCAACUCCCACAUCAGCUCAGAUAGGCCAGGCUUUGUCCAGUUCAGGUCCAGUGGGCUGGAUGUUGACAGCAGUUACACCUGUCCUGGUCUGCCUCCUCCUGUUACUGCUGCUAUUACUACUACUACUACUGCUGCAGGAACAAUUGUCACAAUAAGAGAUCCAACAUCUGCCAUGUCAAGUGCUGAAUUGUGUGGCAUCACUCCCCUCAACCACAGGAUAGUUGGAGGUGAAGAUGCUCCAGCUGGAAGUUGGCCCUGGCAGGUUAGCCUGCAGAGAUCUGGUAGCCAUGUUUGUGGUGGUUCCCUUAUCAACAGAGAGUGGGUGAUGUCUGCUGCUCACUGCUUCUCCAGUACAAAUACGUUUGGAUGGCAGAUUUCUCUUGGUCGUGAGAACCUGCAGGGCAAUAACCCAAAUGAAGAGUCCAGAACUGUUUCCAGGAUCAUUUUGCAUCCAAACUAUGACAGCAACACCAACGACAAUGACAUUGCUCUGCUCAGACUCUCCUCACCAGUCAAAUUCACAGACUACAUCAGACCUGUGUGCCUGGCAGCCAGUGACAGUGUGUUCAACAAUGGUACUGAUAGCUGGGUCACUGGCUGGGGAGCAGUCAAGGAGGGAGUGUCAUUACCGUUCCCUGCAACUCUACAAGAAGUUGAGGUUCCAGUUGUUGGAAACAGACAGUGUAACUGUCUCAAUGGAGUUGGCACAGUCUCAGACAACAUGAUAUGUGCUGGAGUUCUGGCAGGAGGAAAAGACUCAUGUCAGGGUGACUCAGGAGGUCCAAUGGUCAACAAACAGGGCCCUGUGUGGAUCCAGUCUGGAGUUGUUAGUUUUGGUUUUGGCUGCGCUCGGCCCAAUCUUCCAGGAGUCUACUCCAGAGUGUCUCGUUACCAGUCCUGGAUCAACUCCCACAUCAGCUCAGAUAGGCCAGGCUUUGUCCAGUUCAGGUCCAGUGGGCUGGAUGUUGACAGCAGCUACACCUGUCCUGGUCUGCCACCUCCUGUUACUGCUGCUAUUACUACUACUACUACUGCAGGAACAAUUGUCACAACAAGAGAUCCAACAUCUGCCAUGUCAAGUGCUGAAUUGUGUGGCAUCACUCCCCUCAACAACAGGAUAGUUGGAGGUGAAGAUGCUCCAGCUGGAAGUUGGCCCUGGCAGGUUAGCCUGCAGAGAUUUGGUAGCCAUGUUUGUGGUGGUUCCCUCAUCAACAGAGAGUGGGUGAUGUCUGCUGCUCACUGCUUCUCCAGUACAAAUACGUUUGGAUGGCAGAUUUCUCUUGGUCGUGAGAACCUGCAGGGCAAUAACCCAAAUGAAGAGUCCAGAACUGUUUCCAGGAUCAUUUUGCAUCCAAACUAUGACAGCAACACCAACAACAAUGACAUUGCUCUGCUCAGACUCUCCUCACCAGUCAAAUUCACAGACUACAUCAGACCUGUGUGCCUGGCAGCCAGUGACAGUGUGUUCAACAAUGGUACUGAUAGCUGGGUCACUGGCUGGGGAGCAGUCAGGGAGGGAGUGUCAUUACCGUUCCCUGCAACUCUACAAGAAGUUGAGGUUCCAGUUGUUGGAAACAGACAGUGUAACUGUCUCAAUGGAGUUGGCACAGUCUCAGACAACAUGAUAUGUGCUGGAGUUCUGGCAGGAGGAAAAGACUCAUGUCAGGGUGACUCAGGAGGUCCAAUGGUCAACAAACAGGGCCCUGUGUGGAUCCAGUCUGGAGUUGUUAGUUUUGGUUUUGGCUGCGCUCGGCCCAAUCUUCCAGGAGUCUACUCCAGAGUGUCUCGUUACCAGUCCUGGAUCAACUCCCACAUCAGCUCAGAUAGGCCAGGCUUUGUCCAGUUCAGGUCCAGUGGGCUGGAUGUUGACAGCAGCUACACCUGUCCUGGUCUGCCACCUCCUGUUACUGCUGCUAUUACUACUACUACUACUGCAGGAACAAUUGUCACAACAAGAGAUCCAACAUCUGCCAUGUCAAGUGCUGAAUUGUGUGGCAUCACUCCCCUCAACCACAGGAUAGUUGGAGGUGAAGAUGCUCCAGCUGGAAGUUGGCCCUGGCAGGUUAGCCUGCAGAGAUCUGGCAGCCAUGUUUGUGGUGGUUCCCUCAUCAACAGAGAGUGGGUGAUGUCUGCUGCUCACUGCUUCUCCAGUACAAAUACGUUUGGAUGGCAGAUUUCUCUUGGUCGUGAGAACCUGCAGGGCAAUAACCCAAAUGAAGAGUCCAGAACUGUUUCCAGGAUCAUUUUGCAUCCAAACUAUGACAGCAACACCAACGACAAUGACAUUGCUCUGCUCAGACUCUCCUCACCAGUCAAAUUCACAGACUACAUCAGACCUGUGUGCCUGGCAGCCAGUGACAGUGUGUUCAACAAUGGUACUGAUAGCUGGGUCACUGGCUGGGGAGCAGUCAAGGAGGGAGUGUCAUUACCGUUCCCUGCAACUCUACAAGAAGUUGAGGUUCCAGUUGUUGGAAACAGACAGUGUAACUGUCUCAAUGGAGUUGGCACAGUCUCAGACAACAUGAUAUGUGCUGGAGUUCUGGCAGGAGGAAAAGACUCAUGUCAGGGUGACUCAGGAGGUCCAAUGGUCAACAAACAGGGCCCUGUGUGGAUCCAGUCUGGAGUUGUUAGUUUUGGUUUUGGCUGCGCUCGGCCCAAUCUUCCAGGAGUCUACUCCAGAGUGUCUCGUUACCAGUCCUGGAUCAACUCCCACAUCAGCUCAGAUAGGCCAGGCUUUGUCCAGUUCAGGUCCAGUGGGCUGGAUGUUGACAGCAGCUACACCUGUCCUGGUCUGCCACCUCCUGUUACUGCUGCUAUUACUACUACUACUACUGCAGGAACAAUUGUCACAACAAGAGAUCCAACAUCUACUAUGUCAAGUGCUGGUCUGACAGCUUCCCCAACAACUCCAGCAACAACAAGUACUACAAGACCAACCACAACACGACGAAGUACUACCCAAACUGUAACCAGUUCAGCAAUGUGUGGCAAAGCUGCACUCAACAGUCGUGCUGUAGGUGACGUUGGUCUUGUACCUGGAGGAGUGUGGCCCUGGAUGGUUAGUCUUCACAAAAAUGGGGUCUACACUUGUGGAGGAACCCUAAUUUCUCGCAACUUUGUUCUCACAUCUGCCCAAUGUUUCUCAUCUCCCAAUCCAGAUGUCAGUGAGUGGAGAGUUUUUCUGGGCCCACGGCGUGUGAAUGGCUCUGAAGAGUUUCAGAUGUCACAGGGGGUAGUCAAAAUAAUAGUGAGCAAAUUUGCAGGUUUUAAUAUUGCACUACUACAGCUGGGUGAAGCAGUCAGCUUCAUAGAUUAUAUCCAGCCUGUAUGUAUGGACACUAACAAUGUCAGAUCCUUCCCCGUUGGAACUCGUUGCUGGGUGGCCGGCUGGGUGAGGGAAAGCAAGGGCAGAGGUACUAAUAAAGCUGGCUCAGGUCUUCGAGACACUGAAACUCAAGUGGCAAGUUGUGAGACUGCUUCUGAUUCAGAGAACAUUUGCACUUACUCUAUGGCACUUCAACAGGGGGAUGAGGGCAGCCCUCUGCUGUGCAAGUCAGACUCAUCUUGGUUCCAGGUGGCUGUUGUAACAAUGAAUGGAAAACAAUCAGUUCGCGCUGAUGUCCAGGUCUUUGCCAAAGUUUCAAGAUUUGGGUCCUUUUUAAAGGAGACAGUUGGCGACAUGCCAGCUCCAGAAGUAGCUUCAACAGGAAAUGCACCACGUUUCUACUCGUUCCUCUUUUUGGCUGUGCCUAUUACCUCAAUGUUACUGUUAUAUUGAUGUUAGAUCUGCUGCUUCCAUGGGGUUGAAGUAGAUCAUUAUUGCACUUAAAAGUCAGGUUGACUGAUGUGUUUGAACACUUAAGCCCCUAUUUAUAUUCUGUAUAUGCACAAAAGAUACUCAGGUCAAAUUUAUAAACAAAAAAAUAUUUUUUGUUUCUUCUGCAGGGAAAUGUUAUUUUCAAAAUAUGUCUCACUGAUUCCAGUUAAAUGAAGAUAAUAUUUAAAAUUAUUUAUUCUAUAUUUCAUUAUACCUCUGUGGCAUCUCUGUUGCAUUAUUACUCUUAUACCUCUUUCUACUUAAAAAUGUGAUGUUGAGUCAUGUAUUAAGUUGAAUCUUAUUAAUUAUAUAUAUGCAAAUUCGGAAUAUUUAAAUCAGUAUUGCUCAUUUUUCUGUUUUGUUUUUUUACUUUUUUUAAAUUUUAUUUCUCAACAAAGCAAUUCGCACUGUCAAUCAAAUAGUUAUUUUAAGGAAGUAAACAGCUCUUAACCAUAAAAUAUUGUAUUUCAGCAUUUAUACAGUACAAUAUGUAAUGAAAAACAGAAUCCAGCAGAUCACGCUAGAUCUAUGAAUUAAUAUCCAUAGCUUACUAAAUGCAGUUUCAAUGUUGACCAACAAAAGGCUACUCAGUUGAAAAUUCAGAUAAGAGAAAUGUACAGUCAUUUUGUAACAAGUUUUGAAAACUCCUACCAUACUCCUACACCUCUGGAAUCACUCUGUAUAAUAUUUAUCUCAACCAUUUUAUCCAUCUAUCCAUUUUCUGUAACCACUAAUCCUCAUCAGGAUCAGGACAAGAGGCGGGGUACACUCUGGACAAGUCAGCAGUUCAUCACAGGGUCCAUAGAGACAAAUAACCAUUCACACUCGAGCAAUUUAGAGUCACCAAUUGACCUAUUAAGAAGUAGACAGAUAGAACCCAUGCAGACAAGGAGUGAACAUGCGAACUCCACACAGAAAGACGAGGUUCGAACCUUCUUGCUGUGAAGCAACAGUGCUAAUCACGACACCCCCACAGUUUUAUUUGAGUUGAGGUGUCACAUAGAUGCAGAGUUGCAUACUAACACUAGUACUAUUAUAUACAUAUGGUUUACAUCAAGAUACUUGUUUUGGUCGCUAGCUGUUUUGAUUUUUGUUUUGAUCCAUCCUGACUUUGAGGUUAUUUGGAUAGGGGUACCAAAGAACUGACAGGAUGGCGACGCUGUCAGGUGUGUUGAUGUAAGAUGUAUUAAAAUGUAUGUUAAAAGAGUCAUAUAAGAUAGGGUAUCUCAAGUCCCAUAUGGUGUUUUUUUCCUGUGUGGGUUUCCUUUGAUGUAGUUAAGGGAGAGGUCAGGUUAAGGCCCAUAUGUUGGGGUAUCCUGGAAGAGGGGCCUCUCUUUUCCUCUGUCCCUCUCUUACACAGAUUUAUAUUAUUGUUUAUGCUGACAUUAUGUUGUUGUUUCAUGUCUUGGGGGUAUAACCUACACGGUAUAUAAGGGCUUGCCCCGCAUAGUUCGGGAGAGUCUCAUUAUUUGGCUGAAGGCUCUCCAAGUAAUGUUUUACUUGAUUGCGAUACUGAACUUAUUGUAAUAAAUUUGUUAUACAACUAAGACAGUGUCGGUAGAGUUUUUCUUUAAACAUCUUCAACUGCAUCGCCACUGAAUAUACUACAGAGUCCAAAUUCUGAGUGACAUUUGAUAUAUACUGAAUUUGCAGCUAACUAUAAAAGAUAAUUGUUUAUGAUAUAAAUAUAUAUAUAGAACAGCAGUUCCUUGCUUGCUUGGUUUGUCACAGGGUGCAUAUGUGAGAUGUGAGCACUGACUGACUGAUUUUCCCUCCUCAGACUUUGAAUAAUUUUUUCUAACUUGUGACCCAUUCAAGUAAUUUUCUGACAUCUUGUUGGGGUUCAGAUCUCCAGGUUGGGAACCUCCGUUAAAGAAACUAGUAAAUAAGUGAGAGAGGGAU